CAUGGCGGCGGCCGGGGCGGCGGCGCUGCGCUGCUGCUGCUCCUGCUCGGGGCGGCCGCGGGCUGCGGGUACCAGUCGUGCCCCCCGACACGGCCGGACAUGCUGAACGUGCACCUGUCGUGCCCCCCGACACGGCCGGACAUGCUGAACGUGCCCCUGGUGCCGCACUCACACGAUGACGUGGGCUGGCUGAAGACGGUGGAUCAGUAUUACUAUGGGGUUCGGAACCAGGACCAGCACGCGGGUGUCCAGUACAUCCUGGACUCGGUGGUGGCCCAGCUGGCCGCUGUCCCCUCCCGUCGCUUCGUCUACGCCGAGGUGGCGUUCCUGGCGCGCUGGUGGCAGCAGCAGGACAAUGCCACACGGAGCCUGGUCACACAGCUGGUGCAGGAGGGACGGCUGGAGCUGGUCGGGGGGGGCUGGUGCAUGAACGACGAGGCCGCGGCGCAUUACGGGGGGGUCCUGGAGCAGCUGGCCCUGGGCCGGCGGUUCCUGCGCCGCCUCUUCGGGGACUGCGGCGCUCCCCGCGUGGCCUGGCAGAUCGACCCCUUCGGCCACUCCCGAAAGAUGGCCGCCAUCUUCGCACAGAUGGGGUACGACGGGCUGUUUUUGGGGCGCGUGGAUCACCAGGACAAGUGGCAGCGGCUGCAGCGCCGGGAGCUGGAGCUGCUCUGGAGGGGCAGCGAGAGCCUGGAGCCCCCCCGGGCUGACAUCUUCACUGGGAUCCUGCCCAACGUGUACAACCCCCCCGCGGGGCUGUGCUGGGACCAGCUCUGCAGUGACCCCCCCGUGGUGGACGGGGACGGCCCCGAGCGCAACGUGGACUCGGUGGUCACCUCCUUCCUGCAGGCGGCGGCCACGCAGGCCCAGCAGUACCGGACCAAUCACAUCCUGAUGACGAUGGGCUCCGACUUCCACUACGAGAACGCUCACCUGUGGUUCAAGAACCUGGACAAGCUGAUCGCCCACGCCAACGCCAGGCAAGCCGCCGGCAGCCGCGUCCACGCCCUGUACUCGACCCCCUCCUGUUACCCGGAGCUGAACCGAGCCAACCUCACCUGGCCGCUGAAGUCGGACGAUUUCCUGCCGUACUCGGACGGGCCCCACCAGUUCUGGAGCGGCUUCUUCAGCAGCCGCCCCGCGCUCAAGGGCUACGAGCGCCUCAGCAGCGGCUUCCUGCAGGUCUGCAGCCAGCUGGAAGCUCUGGCCGGGCCCUCGGUCCGGGACGGUCCCUUCGGCCCUGGGGACAGCUCUGUGCUCCGCGAGGCCGUGGCGGUGGCCCAGCACCACGACGCGGUGGCCGGCACCGAGCGGCAGCACGUGGCCAACGACUACGCCCGGCAGCUGGCCAAGGGCUGGGACCGCUGCCAGGUGCUGGUGGCCAACGCUCUGUCCCUGCUGGGGGACACCAAGGGUCCCUUCGUGUUCUGCAACGCCCUCAACGUCAGCGUGUGCCCCCUGAGCGAGAGCACCCAGCAGUUCUCGGUGCUCCUCUACAACCCCCUGGCCUGGGAGGUCACCUGGCCCGUGCGGCUCCCGGUCAGCGGCGCCUCCUACGCUGUCACCGACCCUGAGGGCCAGCCCGUGGCCAGCCAGGUGCUCCCGGUGUCAGGUGUUUGCUGUGUGUGA